AUGUCCGCAAAUCUGCAAUGGAUGGUCGUGAGGAACUGCUCCAGUUUCCUGAUCGCGAGGAACAAGCAGAUGUACAGCACCGAGCCCAAGAACUUGAAAGCCCGCACCUCCUUACGCUACAACAGACCGAUACACUGCAAGAUGGUAGGCGUUGAGCCCGCUGCUGGCCACAAGGGGGUUGUGGUCGUCCUGAAAAGGAGGUCAGUCCAGGGGAAGCCAGCCACCUCCUAUGUUCGGACCACCAUUAACAAGAACGCCAGGGCCAUGCUCAGCAGCAUCCGGCACAUGAUCCCCAAGAACAAGUACCUUCCCGACCUUCGAAUGGCUGCCAUCCACACAGCCAGCGCCAUCCUAUGCAGCCAGAGCCUGUGA